AAGUAAAGUAUUCAAUGCACGUGUUUAUGUUGUCCUUUUUUUGAGGUUAUUCCCGAUGUGUGCACCGCAUUAAAAUAUAACGAAUAGUUUUAAAUUUUCUUGUACAGAGUUAUAUAAAUUAGUUAAAACAAAAUGCCAAAAUCAAAGAGGGAUAAAAAGAUUUCCUUGACAAAAACAGAUAAAAAGGGACUAGCAUUAAAACAGAAGAUUGUUGAAGAUGUCAGAAAUUGUGUGGAGAAAUAUAAAAGCGUUUAUAUGUUCACCUACAAAAAUAUGAGAAAUGAAAAGAUGCAAGAAAUUAGAGAACAUUGGAAACCGAGCAGAUUUUUCUUUGGUAAAAUUAAAAUUUUACAGAUUGGAUUAGGCAGAAAGGAAGAGGAUGAAGUUGAAGAAGGUUUACAUAAGUUGUCAAAUUGUUUGAAAGGACAAUGUGCAUUGUUUUUCACAGACCGUAAAGAAAAGGAAGUAGUAAAAUGGUUUAAUGACUUCUCUUUUAAUGGUUUUGCUAGGUCAGGUUUUAAAGUUUCUGAAAGUAUCACACUUCCUGAAGGUCCACUUGAACAGUUUCCACAUUCAAUAGAGCCAUAUUUAAGACAGUUGGGAUUGCCCACUAAAUUAGAUAGAGGAAUUGUAACUUUAAUAAAGGACUAUGAAGUAUGUAAGGAAAACAGUGUAUUGACACCAGAACAGGCUAAGAUCCUGGAAUUGUUGGGAUACCGUUUAGCAGACUUCACCUUAGAUUUAGUAGCUGGUUGGAGCAAAGAUAAAGGUUUUAAGAGAUAUAAAGAGGAAGAAACACACAUACAACAAGAUGAAAAUAUGGAAGAUGAAUAACCAAUAAAUUAUUAACUAAAAAACCAUUUGAAUUAAUUAUUUUUUACAUGUUAUAUCAUCCCCUGAUAAAUUCUUGUAAAUUAGAAAUCAUAUAAAAUAUUGU